UAACUGGAGCAAGGGGAGCGACGGAGCGAGCCAUGAGAAUGCUGAAGCAGACGCUUGAAAGCUUAGGGGCAAACCUUGCAUCAUCAACAAGUGGUAUUCACACGAAAUUGAAGAGUUUAGCUGCGAAUUCGAUCAGGAGAUACAGCAACAAUAACAGCAUACCAGGCUCGGUCGCCAGGGAAAAAGUGGAUUGCUUAGUGAUCGGGGCUGGUGUUGUGGGCCUAGCAGUAGCCAGAGCACUUGCGCUCAAAGGCAGAGAGGUAUUAGUCGUUGAAUCGGCUUCCACAUUUGGCACUGCCACUAGUUCUCGAAACAGUGAAGUCAUUCAUGCCGGAAUCUAUUACCCUCGCAAUUCCUUCAAGGCAAGGUUUUGUGUAAGAGGAAGAGAAAUGCUAUAUGAGUACUGCUCCAAGCAUGGUAUUCCUCAUAAACAAACCGGUAAGCUGAUAGUUGCUUCUCGAUACUCAGAAAUUUCAAAGCUGAAUGAUAUAAUGAAUCGUGGGAUUCAAAAUGGAGUUGAUGGCUUGAGGAUGAUGGAUGGCUCUGAGGCCGUGAGAAUGGAACCUGAAUUGCAAUGCAUCAAAGCUAUACUAUCACCUCUUUCAGGGAUUAUUGAUUCCCACUCUUUCAUGCUGUCUUUAGUGGGGGAAGCUGAGAAUAACAAUGCAAUCUUCUCCUAUUAUUCAACCGUGAUUGGUGGGCAUCUUGAAGGAGAUCAGAUUUGUCUGCAUGUAUCAGAAACGAAGAGUGUUGAAGAAUGGAAUGGGAGGUCAAUUUUGAAUCCAGAUCUGGUCCUUAUCCCUAAAUUUGUAGUGAACUCUGCAGGCCUUGGUGCCCCUGCCCUUGCAAAGAGAUUUACUGCCCUACAAAGUAGUGAAGUUGUACCCUCUGCCUAUUAUGCUCGUGGUUGUUACUUCACAUUGUCCAAUGCUAAAGUUCCUCCUUUCAAACAUUUGAUAUAUCCCAUACCAGAGGAUGGUGGCCUCGGUGUGCAUGUUACUCUGGAUUUGAAUGGUCAGGUCAAGUUUGGCCCAGAUGUUGAAUGGAUCGACGGAGUUGAUGGUAUCUCAAGCUUUCUCAAUAGGUUUGACUAUUCAGUACCUGCAGAGCGUGUGGAGAAGUUUUAUCCAGAGAUACGGAAGUAUUACCCAAACCUGAAGGAUGGAUCUCUUGAACCAGGGUAUUCAGGAAUUCGACCUAAACUUUCAGGACCCCAUCAGACACCUUUUGAUUUUGUGAUACAGGGGGAGGAAAUUCAUGGGGUGCCUGGUCUUGUUAAUCUUUUUGGGAUUGAAUCACCUGGUCUGACAUCAAGCAUGGCAAUUGCAGAUUAUAUUUCCGCUAGAUUCCUACGAUGAUGCCUGGUUCUGUUUCUACAAUUUGCGCAUGCAAGUACUUGUGACAAUGUAAAACUUGUAAAAGGUCGAAGCUGUAGCAGUAUUGCCAUGGACCGUCCACUAGGCGAUUUUUUUUCCCUUCUCUUUUCUUUAUCAUAAUUUAAUUUUAUAUACAUUUAUAUGUAAUAUAAAAAUUAAACAAAUGAAUGAUAUAUAGUAUGAUUUUAUUAUUAUUUUUUAAUAUUCAAUGAUAAAUUUAUACUAGAUAUAACAUGAU